AUGCUUCGAUGCCGUAAUCUAUUCGAAGCCUACACCGAUGUAUGGUUCGUGUACAACAUCGCUUUCAUCUACGCGAUGGCCUGUCUGGAACUCGACGACACGCCCACGAGUAUCGCACGUAGGGACGUGACAGCAUUCUUUAGCCCACAGGACUGCGUCACCUUUCUACGUUUCACGCAAUCGCAAGUGAUGCUGAUGCUGGAUCUGCUGUUGAUCCCCGUGUUCAUCCGAACUGACUGUGGGUUCGUGGUAAGCGGACGGGAGGCUCUGUGCGUGCUCCUGUAUCGGCUCGCUUUCCCGUGCCGCCUGAAGGACGUGCGCUUGGUUUUCGGGAUGAGCGAAUCGUGUAUCUGCGAAGCCUUCAACUGGAUGUUGCAUUUUCUAGACUUCAGGUGGGGGUAUCUGCUGUCCCUCGACGUGGCACACCUGCAGCCGCACCUGAUCGAGUUCGCGGAAGCAAUCUUCAACUCCGGCUGUCCUCUCACGCACUGUUGGGGAUUUAUCGAUGGCACCGUGCGCGGCAUUGCAAGGCCGAAGUACUGGCAGCGCCUGUUCUACAAUGGGCACAAGAGGAAGCACGCCAUGAAGUUCCAAGGGGUAAUUACACCAGACGGGCUAUUUUGUGGAUAUGUGGGGCCCGGUGCCGGGCACACGUCAUGA